AUGGCUCAAUACACGCAACAAUUUCUUAGUAGCGUCCUAUCGCAGCGGGGUCCGGCAGCGCUCCCGUACGCGGAGGAUGUCAAGUGGUUUAUCCGCCAGCAUUUGGUAUCUCUGACGGAGGCAUACCCCUCGCUGCAGCCGAAGACUGCCACGUUUACGCACAACGACGGCCGCACGGUCAAUCUUCUUCAGGCCGAUGGAACGGUGCCGAUGCUCUUCCAGGGUGUUACUUACAAUAUUCCGGUUGCUAUCUGGCUCACGGAGUCAUACCCCCGCCACGCGCCGCUAGUUUUUGUCAACCCCACCCGUGAUAUGAUCAUCAAACGCCCCCACCAGUUUGUUUCACCCAACGGCGUGGUUUCAAUUCCCUAUAUUCAGAAUUGGGUUUACCCAAGUUCUAAUAUUGUAGAAUUGGCUCGGAAUUUGUGUCACUUUUUUGGCCGGGAUCCGCCACUCUAUUCGCAGCGCAAGCCCUCAAAUCCUAACCCCAGCCCUAAUUAUGCUAGUAAUAAUUUUUCCAGUGUAAAUUCGUCAGUGGGGUCUGCUGUAGCUCGGCCAGCAAUACCUCCUAGGGUCUAUUCGCCUUCACCUACACCUACUCCAACUUCAACUCCACCUCCACCUUAUGGGACUGGGAGUGUUUACGGUUCGGGAAGGAUAAUGGACGAUCCUGCUGAGGUUUUUAAAAAAAAUGCUAUAAAUAAGCUCGUGGAAAGCUUGAAUGGUGAUAUUAGGGAGUUGAGGAAGACACGGGAGGCAGAAUUGGAAGGACUGUUUAGUGCUCAAGCAGUGUUGAGGAAGCGUGAGGAGGAAUUAGGAAAAGGAUUGAAAGAAAUGCAGGAUGAAAAGGAGGGGUUGGAGCAACAAUUGCAGAUAGUUUUGAUGAAUAGUGAUGUGUUGGAAGGAUGUGAUGUGUUGGAAGGAUGGUUGAGCGAGAAUGAGGAGAAAAUGGGGAAUAAUGAAAUUAAUAGUCUGGAUGUGGAUGAGACAUUAGAGCCUUGCGAUGCCCUUUCAAAACAGAUGCUGGAUUGCACAGCAUCUGAUUUGGUUGUGGAGGAUGUGAUUUACGCACUGGAUAAAGCAGUCCAAGAAGGGGCCAUACCUUUUGAUCAAUACUUGAGGAAUGUGAGGCUUUUGUCACGGGAGCAGUUUUUCCAUCGAGCCACAGCUUCGAAAGUCAGGGCUGUUCAGAUGCAAGCUCAGCUCAUUGUCAUCAGGCGUCCUUCUGUUUGGAUUCCGUGUUUUUGCCUCGCUUCCGAAAAUCAAAGAUCUUUCAGCAGCACAUUGGAAAGAUACAUGUAUGCACAGUUGGCUAUUAUGGCUACAGAGUAUGAGGAUAAAGCAUUAGGUUAUGGAAGUUCUUUGCCUGUGCCAAGUGUGCAGGAGAUUGUAAGAAAUGAUGCUAAUAAUGUCCCCAAAAGAUACAUAAAAAACCUCGAGGAUAGGCCUUUAAGUUCUGAAAGACUUCCACUUUUACUUGAUAUCCCAAUCAUAAAUCUAUCUCUGCUCACUAAUGGAGAUGAAGAAGAACGAAGAAGGCUUGAUAUUGCUUGCAAGGAGUGGGGUUUCUUUCAGAUCAUAAAUCAUGGUGCAGAUGAAGUCUUACCAAAGAUGAAGGCAGCCGUAGCAGCAUUUUUUGAACUCCCAUUGUGUGAAAAAAUGAAAUAUCGAAUGGCAGCAAAUGAUAUUCAAGGAUAUGGACAAUUUUACGUUGUAUCAGACGAGCAGAAACUUGAUUGGAGCGACAGCAUGCUUUUGAUGACAAUGCCAUCUUAUAUCAGGAAUAUGAAGUACUGGCCCAUCGCAAUACCAGGUUUCAAGGAAGCACUUGAAGAGUACUCAAUAGAAUUAGAGAGGAUAACAUACGAGAUCUUUGGCAAUUUAUCAUCAUUAAUGGGCAUGGAAAGAGGAGUUCUCAAAGAAUUGCACGGGAUUAUGAAACUAGGCAUGCGCAUGAACUACUAUCCUACAUGUUCUCAGCCUGAUUUAGUACUUGGGAUUAGUCCACAUUCAGAUAGCAGCUCCAUAACUUUACUUGUGCAAGAUGAUGAUUUAACUGCCCUCCAAAUUAAGCACAAGGAAGAAUGGGUAUCAGUAAAGCCAGUUCCAAAUGCAAUAGUAGUGAAUAUCGGUGAUGUUGUCGAGGCCUGGAGCAAUGGGUUGUACGAGAGCAUUGAACAUAGAGCUCUUAUAAACGAGAAAAAACCAAGAAUAUCUGUUGCAACAUUUGUGAUUCCAGGAGAUGAUGUUGCACUGAACCCUCUUGAAACCAUGGUGGAUGAGAAUCAUCGUCCAAGAAUCUACAAAAAUGAUGUGAAAUACGUUGAAUAUCUUAGACACACCCUGGCCAAAAAGAUGGAUGGAAAAGCAACCAACCUUGAAUAUUUGAAGUUACAGAUGUAA